UUUUAUUAUUAACUGAGAGUUUAUUAAAAACCCAUUGGGUUGCCUGGUCUGCUCAGAUUUGUUUGCCGGGAUUACUGUUUGCUUUUGGUCUUGUUUGCUAUCGAGAUCAUGGACACAUGUCGGGGAUGGCUGAUUACCGACGCUAGAUAAAUAUUAAGCAACUAUGUGGAGUGUUUCCUCUUCGAGGACUCGGAGAAGGAUUCCGGGAAGGAUGACGACAUCAUCGGGCGCUUCCUUGCUGUAAUUGACUCUCUGCCAGAGGGCACAAAAUGCUACCCCAAAAAUGCUAUCAGUUGUGAUAAAAAUGCGGCAUCUGUGUGUUUUUUUCUUAACAAUUUUUCUCUGCUGCCUCUCAGUAAAGGCUCAGAGCUUAAAUUGCACCAGGAUUCGCGAGCAUUGUCGUCCUUGUACCCGUCGCUUAGUGGAUCCUGUUAACAACCUGGAAUUCAUUAAUAGUGAUUGUAGGGAAAAACUAAGAGGUCGUUGGAUUUGGCGGGAUGUAAGGCGUUGUGAUAUGCAAAUUGUUGCGUGCGAAAAUCACGAAACCCGACUGGAUUGCGAGAAUGUGGCUAGAAUAACUGGCAUGAGACGGAUUCGUUGA